AUCACUGUCUAGCCAAAUCUUGCUAACUUUUUCAUGCAAUUAUAAAAGUUGUCAUAAAGUAAACCCUCUAGAGAAGCCACUGUGAAAUAGGCCACAAUUAUACAAAUCAUCCAACACUUGGUGUAUAAAUAACAUAGAAUCACCCUUCCAUUGACAACUUUGUAACCUCUCCUUGUUUAAUCAUUCUGGGUUCAUCCACAAAUCACCAUCAAGAUUCACAUCAAUACCAGUCUUGAUUCGGCUACAAGCGUUACAAAUCACAUGAUGCAAGAAAGCAAGAGAUCAGAAUGGACAAAAGAACAGAACAAAUGGUUUGAAAGUGCUCUAGCUAUAUUCGAUACAGAAACACCAGAUCGAUGGUCAAAUGUGGCUGCCUUUGUUCCCGGGAAGUCAGAACAUGAAGUGAGAGAACAAUAUGAGGAAUUACAAGCUGAUAUCAAUAAUAUAGAGGCCGGUUUCGAUGAAGUUCCAGGCUACUUGACCGUUAAAGCUGAGUUCAAUCAAGAUCAUCGGUUCGGUUCGUUCAAGAAUAGGUUUUUCAGGUUAAGAUCGUUCGACCACGAGAGGCGAAAAGGCAUACCUUGGACUGAAGAAGAGCACAGGCGAUUCCUGAUGGGUCUUGAAGUUCAUGGCAAAGGAGACUGGCGAAACAUUUCACGCAACUUUGUGGUGACGAAAACACCAACGCAAGUGGCGAGUCAUGCUCAAAAGUACUAUGCGAGGCAGCAUUCUGAUGGGAAAGAAAAGAGGAGACCGAGCAUUCAUGAUAUCACCACCGUCCACCUGGCACGAUCCACCAGUUUCCCAAAUGACACAGAUAAAUUCUCGUCGUUAGUCAAUACACCAAACAAUGGAAUCGAUAUACGAGUGUACAAUUCGGGUCUGUUUUCCCAACCAACAAGGUACCAGGUUCAAGGUUAGGUAACUUAGGUUUGCCGUUGUAUUUGAGAUCGAUGUCUUGAUGAUAUGUAGGUUUUUAGUGUUAUAUUGAUCAAUAAUCAUGACGAAAAAUGUACAUUGACACGUGAAACCUCGUUAGAUUUUCGUUAUUUAUCAAAUUUGGCUUGUGUUCUUCACUGCA